UCUCUCCGCACUCUCUGUUCAGAUACAGGAGUUGACCACAGAGGAACUGCUUCCCUGCAUGCAGAAAAGAGAGAGAGCCAGGGAAAGGGAGGGAAGGAGCGAGAGCGUGUGUGUGAGUGUGUACAUAUGCCGGUAUGUGGAUUAGAGGAGAGCAGUGUGAAUGAAGCUCAUUCCGUCUGAGUAAGAUCGCAGAGAGGAUGAGAGAGAAGUGAGCGAGAGAAGCUUCUGCAGCAGGAGAGACAGGGACAUGCCACCUGCACCUUUGAGACAUCCCGGAGCUCAUGUGUCCUGCACACAGACAUGCCAAGGAGGCGAGAGGGGACCUUCCUAACUCACUGUUCUAGGAAUUUUCUCUGUUUGGGGCAGCUGAUGACAUGUGCUGGAGAGUGAUUGCUUCUCUGAAUUAUUAUAACUCUGACUCAAAAGUGCUUGCUCUUCUCAUCCAUUACAUUCGGAUAAUGGGACUGUGAUUUUCUCCAUGGAUUGACAUUACAAAUUAAGUUUAGGGGGAACCCUAUCAAAUUAACAGCUUCAGCUCCCCCUACCCUGCCCGACAGGACAGUACAACCCAGUUGAGCCAUGAGACGGUCGAGCACUGAUGAAUCGACUUACCAUCGCAGUCCAUCCCUGGACAGCAAGGACUACUCUCUGCCCAAGGGGGGUGCCUUCCGCCGUUACAGUAGCCUCUACGGAGGCCAGUUUGGGGCAUCAGCAGGUGGUUCCUUUUUUGGGUUCCACACCAAUCCAGGUCCCAAAGCCACCAAAUCCAAGUACACUUCCCCAAAGGGAAACAAAUACGUGGUGUUUUACUUGGAUCUCUCCUUCAUUUUCCUCCUAGAGCUGAAGAGGUGCAGGAUGGCUCAGAACUGCCUACACUGUAUGAAAUAUCUCAUGUUCGUCUUCAACCUCCUCUUUUGGCUGGGCGGAUGUGGGAUCCUGGGAGUCGGUAUCUGGCUGGCUGUCACACAGGGCAACUUUGCCACACUCUCCUCGUCCUUCCCUUCACUGUCAGCUGCCAAUAUCCUCAUUGCCACGGGGAGUAUAGUGAUGAUUGUGGGGUUUCUGGGUUGCAUUGGAGCCAUCAAGGAGAACAAAUACCUUCUACUAAGUUUUUUCAUCGUGUUGCUGAUCAUAUUCCUCGUGGAGCUCAUUGUGGUCACCCUGUUCUUUAUCUACACAGACAAGAUCGAUAGAUACGCACAGCAAGACCUGAAGAAGGGUCUUCAUCUGUAUGGCACAGAAGGGAACAUCGGCCUCACCAAUGCAUGGAGCAUCAUUCAGACUGAUUUCCGAUGCUGCGGAGUCGCUAAUUAUACCGAUUGGUUUGAGGUGUACAACGCCACCCGUGUCCCCGACUCCUGCUGCCUGGAAUUUAGUGAGAACUGUGGCCUGCACUCCCCGGGCACCUGGUGGAAAUCGCCAUGCUAUGACACAGUGAAGAUUUGGCUCCAUGAGAAUCUCUUGGCAGUUGGCAUUUUUGGGCUGUGCACCGCGCUAGUUCAGAUACUGGGACUGACCUUCGCUAUGACCAUGUACUGUCAGAUGGCAAAAACGGACACCUACUAUGCCUGAGCUCAUCCCGACUCUCCCGUGAGCUUCCAUCUCAGAGGCGCACAAGGCAGGAACCAAACCGAGAAGCUCUGACACCCAAUCUUUCUUCCUUCCAUUCAUCCUCCAGCUCUGACUUGCCCAGCCUCCCUUGUCUAAUGGACCACUGACAAUUCACACCUUUCUCCAAGUAUGCUGCAGAGAUUGGGGCUAUUUAUAUGGGUGACACCUAGGAAGUAACAGGCACUGAAGAAGGAGCCAUACGCUUGAUGGACAUGUGAACAUUUGUUAUGGAACAAGGCAGAGGGAUUUUUACAGCAGAUGUUGGCCCAAAAGGAAUUGGUGGCCACAUUAUCCUUCUUUCUUAUACUUCUCCUGUGCCACUGCCGAUGCCAUCCUUACCCAUCAGACAACUCUCUCUUUACCUGGCAGAUCAAAUGCAGAAAAGCUGAAAUUGGAAGCCAUGUAGUGAUGAAAAGGUUAAGUACAAAUACCUGGAGGGGAAAGGGAAGAAUGGCCGUACUAAGCGCCAGCAUUAUGUGCACAGGAGCAUGGAGAGAAGCGCAGUUACUUAAUGAUGUGCGUUUUAUGCCUCCCAGUUACAUUAAAACUUGUGCCGACUCCUACAGCGUGGCUAAUGGGCGGAACAGUAGUCUGCAGCGGAGAUUGCUUGCUGUGUUUGCAGAAGUCUUAAAGUAACCUCUCCUUAAAGGUCAACCAUAAUGAGCUUUACAGUAAUAAAAAGGAAUUGUAGGUCAAAGGGCAACUAAUCGCUCCAUUAUAUAACCUUGAUAUCAUCAACAGCUGCCCAGGACAUUGCAGUUUUGUAAAAUAUGUUCUAUUUCCAGCUGCUACAUAGACAGCUCUGAUUAACUGCCCACAAUAUUUCUGUCGUACCCAAGCACUCCAUUCCUGAGCCCUUUUUUAAUUUAAUCGCUGGCAGCGAUGUAUAGAUCUGGGCACACUGGAGUGUAACUGUCUGCAGGCGACAACUGAUAGAUAAAGUGGCUCUGCUGGUGGAAUGGGAUCUUCCAGGUUAUGUGCUGAGCCAGCUUCAGAGCUCACGUCUUACCAGUGAUUUCUACAAAGCUUCAAAUUGUCAGGCCACGUGGUUUCUAAAUAAGGAUUUUGUAUCUUGCGUUGCCCCAGGCACGUUGUACUGCUAAGACUGAUGCCAGCGCUCACCUUCCUCUUAUGAAUAACACAGGAGACCUGCGUGUUUAUGUCAACUACAAACAUCUGCGGCUUCCAAAUGAUUCUUCUGGCUAGGAGCACAAAGAUGGAGGGGGAAGCAGGUCUGCUUAGAGGGCAGUAGCCACUUACCGAUGCAGCUCAUGCCGUGUCUACCAAUUCUGCAAAAUGCUUUGUUUGUACCAUAAACAUCCGUUGUUCUGACUGUCAGCAUUGUAUGGCAAAAUGAAUGAUAGCUAGAGGGUAUGGAGAAGAUCUACCCCCUGGAUGUGGAUAGUUGUACCUCAAGUGACAGUUGUCUACUACUACUACACUAUAUAGUAGUGAUAGAAGUAGGUGGGCACUAGUAAUGUGCGGCCAUUGGCUGGUUUGGGCAGAACUUUACCUAGUGCCCAACUGCCAUCGACUUUACGAUGCCCUGAAUUUUCAGUUUUUAUAGGCUUGCACCUGCGUACCCCAUCGUUCCAUGACAUCAGAGCGGGGUGGGUUGGGCGAAAGUCUAUAAAUACCGAGGAGUGCUGGGUUAGGGUUGGGUGCGGGUGAUGAAAGGGCAGGUUAGGGUUGGGUACAGGUUGUGAAAGGGCAAGUUAGGGUUGGGUGCAGGUGGUGAAAGGGCAGGUUAGGGUUGGGUGCAGGUGGUGAAAGGGCAGGUUAGGGUUGGGAGUGGGUUGACUUUUUGUCAACUGCACAUCACUAUUGGGCACUAGUCUGUCCAAUAUCUCAAUCCAAAACCAAGGGUAUUAAUCUGAAGUUGGACUCUUCUUUGCUGCUUUUAGAGUCUCUGCUUAUCUGGGAAGGUUCCCAUUAGAUGUUAAGGUGGCCAUACACGGGCAGAUAAAAGUUGCCAUUAUCUGUCCUUUAGAUCUGCCCAUGUGUGGGGGCGUGCGACGGGUCACCCCCGAUUGAUAUCAGGCCAAAAAUCAGCCUGAUAUAAAUCGGCAGGUUUGAUUUUUCCUAUGAUCGAGGACUGCAUAGGAUAGCUGAUGCGGUCCUACAACCUGAUGGCACCCAUUUCCAUUGUAUAAUCCAGUUGUUUGGACCUAGCCAAAUGUUUGGAUUAACACAAUAUCGCCCUGCCAUGGGUGGGCAUAUCGGGUUAAGAUCCG